GACCGCGUGGGUCAGGGCUCUCGUGCGCUGGUCCUGUAGCAGGUGCAUUUGAGCGAAAUACUUUACACAAUCUCUAUGUAACCUUUGGAAGUUUUGUUUUAACUGCGUAUAAUUUGCAGAGAAAGGGUCACUUUCACUGCAGGGCGCAUGGAGCCUCACCGAAAAGAGGCAAAGGAUAAUCCUCUGGCCACUGCUAAUCUUCUUUCGAAGAUUUUCUUCUGCUGGUUAAAUCCACUAUUCAAAGUUGGAUAUGACAGAAAACUGGAAGAAGAGGACAUGUAUAAAGUGUUGCCAGAAGAUGCAUCUGACAAACUUGGAGAGGAACUGCAGUGGUACUGGGACCUAGAAGUCAAACAAGCAGCUAAAGACCUUCGCUCUCCUAGUUUUGGGAAAGCGUUGAUUUAUUGCUUUUGGAAGUCCUACUCACUCAUUGGAAUCUACAUGUUUAUAGAGGAAAUCAUCCGUAUCAUUCAACCAGUGCUUCUUGGAAAGUUGAUUGAAUACUUUGAAAGUACAUCGGACAUUAGUGAAGCCUAUAGCUAUGCUGCGGGCAUCUCCGUGUCAACCUUGGGUGUUACUGUACUUCACCAUCUGUACUUCUAUCAUGUCCAAAGAGUGGGAAUGAAGAUUCGCGUGGCUGUGUGUCACAUGGUCUAUCGCAAGGCUCUAUGUCUCAAUAGCACAGCUUUAGCAAAAACUACCACUGGACAAAUAGUGAAUCUCUUAUCCAAUGAUGUGAACAAGUUUGAUGAGGUAACCCUUUAUCUGCACUUUUUGUGGAUUGGGCCACUACAAGCUCUAGCUGUUAUCGUUUUGCUUUUAUAUGCUAUUGGUCCUUCAUGUCUGUCUGGAAUGGCUAUCUUUUUAAUUUUGAUGCCAGUUCAGACUAUGUUUGGACGUUUGUUCUCAAGAUUCAGAGCUGAAACUGCAAUUCUAACAGAUGACAGGAUACGCACAAUGAAUGAAGUCAUCUCUGGUAUCCGUGUUAUAAAAAUGUAUGGCUGGGAGAAGCCUUUUGCCGAUCUCGUGGAUGAGGUCAGAAGAAUGGAAAUCUCCAGGAUCAUGAAGAGCUCUUAUCUGCGUGGCCUGAACAUGGCGUCGUUCUUUGUAGCCAGUAAGAUCAUAAUCUUCGCCACUGUCUGCGUCUACGUGUUGAUGGGGAACCAGCUGUCUGCUAGUCGAAUGUUUAUGGCUGUAGCCCUAUACGGCGCGGUCAGGCUCACCAUCACACUUUUUUUCCCCUGUGCUAUUGAGAAGGUGUCAGAGUCUCUCGUCAGCAUUAGAAGGAUUCAGGGUUUCCUCUUGCUUGAUGAAGUUUGUCCUCAGUCUCCCAGUGUUACUGUAACAGAAAAGGGUGACUGCAUAGUCAAAGUCCAAGAUUUAACCUGCUACUGGGAUCAAAUUCUAGAAACUCCAACCUUAAAUAAUGUGACUUUUACUGUGAAAUCUGGACAACUCUUGGUAGUUAUUGGACCUGUUGGAGCUGGAAAGUCCUCCCUUCUCAGUGCCAUCCUGGGAGAGUUGAGUCAGAACAGUGGCUUGAUCAAGGUUAGAGGAGACCUGAGCUACACCUCUCAGCUGCCUUGGAUACUGCCUGGUACAAUUCGCAGCAACAUCCUCUUUGGCAAAGAGUUCGACUCCCAGAAGUAUAAUAGAAUUGUGAGAGCGUGCGCCCUUAAGAGAGACAUGGACUUAAUGCAGGAUGGAGACUUGACCGUGGUUGGAGAUCGAGGAACUAACCUCAGUGGAGGGCAGAAGGCCAGGGUCAGCUUAGCCAGAGCUGUCUACCAGGAUGCAGAUAUCUACUUACUUGAUGACCCUCUGAGUGCAGUGGAUGCUGAGGUUGGAAGAUACCUUUUUGAGGAGUGCAUCUGUGGUCUUUUAAAAAAGAAGCCCCGCAUUUUGGUCACUCAUCAGUUGCAGUAUCUGAAGGCAGCCGAUCAAAUUGUCGUUCUAAAAGAGGGUCACAUGGUGGCGAAUGGAACUUUUAGUGAACUGCAGCACUGCGGUGUGGACUUCACCUCUUUGCUGAAGGAUGAAGAGAACCCAGAGGACGAAAGGCAGACCAUUACUCCCAGCUCUGGAAUGGCCUCUUGCUGCUCACACACUCGUUCAAACCACUCCACCUCUUCUAUGUCCUCCCUCUCCUCUUCCCAGUAUUCUUUAAUGGACGGCACACAGUCGCAAGCAAUGGUAAUGCAAGCAAUUCAGGAGGAAGUCCGCUCAGAAGGAGAUGUCGGCCUUUGCCUUUAUGUAAAAUAUUUCAAAGCAGGAGCCAACUACAUGAUCCUUUUGCUUCUCAUCUUACUCAAUGCUUUGGCUCAGACUACAUUUGUUCUGCAGGACUGGUGGCUGGCUUGCUGGGCCUCUGAACAGAAGCACAUCAAUGUGACAGAGCACCUCAAUGGCAGCCUCCCCCAGCAGCUGGACCUUGACCUGUACCUAGGUGUUUACGCAGGAUUAACAGUUACCUCGGUUCUCUUUGGCUUCCUACGCUGCUUGGUCUUCUUUAAUGUCCUGGUGAGCUCUGCCCAGACCCUGCACAACAACAUGUUUCAGGCCAUUUUGCGGGCUCCAGUUUACUUCUUUGACAUCAAUCCUAUCGGACGGAUUCUCAACAGGUUUUCAAAGGACAUUGGCUACCUGGAUUCUGUCCUCCCAUGGACGUAUGUGGACUUUAUCCAGGUUCUGCUCCAGGUUGUUGGGGUAAUUGGUGUAGCUGGUGCCAUCAUACCCUGGAUUCUUCUGCCAGUGCUUCCUCUUUUUACUGUUUUCCUGUUUCUGCGACGCUACUUCCUGCAGACCUCAAGGGACAUCAAGCGCUUGGAAUCUACCACUCGGAGCCCUGUUUUCUCUCAUCUGUCUUCGUCCCUUCAAGGCUUAACCACAAUUCGCGCCUUUAAAGCCCAUCAGAAUUUCCAGCAAAUGUUUGAUGACUACCAGGAUCUUCACUCAGAGGCUUGGUUCCUUUUCCUUGCUACCUCUCGUUGGUUUGCCAUUCGCCUUGAUGGCAUUUGUUCUAUUUUUGUCACCAUUACGGCUUUUGGUUGUAUUUACCUCAGAGAUGGGCUGAAUGCUGGCGCUGUGGGUCUUGCAUUAUCGUAUGCUGUCACUCUCACUGGCAUGUUUCAAUGGGGAGUUAGACAAAGUGCAGAGAUUGAGAAUAUGAUGACUUCGGUUGAGAGGGUGGUCGAGUAUGCCAAGUUGGAGAGUGAAGCAUCAUGGGAAACUGACACACAACCACCAUGUGACUGGCCCAAGACAGGCUCCAUCACAUUUGACAAAGUAAACUUCUCGUAUAGCCCCAGCAAGCCCUUAGUCCUGAAGAAUCUAAACAUCACAUUUUCAUCAAGAGAAAAGGUUGGUAUUGUGGGUCGCACUGGUGCUGGGAAAAGCUCGCUGAUCUCGGCCUUGUUCCGGCUGGCAGAACCCGAGGGAAGAAUAAUGAUUGAUGGUGUUCUGACUUCUGAGAUCGGCUUGCACACUCUUCGCCAGAAAAUGUCUAUAAUCCCACAGGACCCAGUGCUCUUCACAGGCACCAUGAGGAAGAAUCUCGACCCAUUCAGCCAGCACACAGAUGAGGACCUGUGGAAUGCACUCCAAGAGGUGCAGAUGAAGGUGGUGGUGGAGGAGCUGCCCAGUAAACUGGAGACGCUCCUGAGUGAGGCCGGAGCAAACUUCAGCGUGGGCCAGAGGCAGCUCGUGUGCUUGGCCCGGGCCAUCCUCCGGAAGAACCGCAUCCUCAUCAUCGACGAGGCCACCGCUAAUGUGGACCCAAGAACCGACAGUCUCAUCCAGCAGACGAUCCGGGACAAGUUUCAAGAGUGUACAGUGCUCACUAUAGCUCACAGGCUCCACACUAUUAUUGACUGUGACAAAAUACUGGUUCUAGACGCCGGGCGAAUCCAGGAGUAUGACGAGCCCCAUGUGCUAUUGCAGAACCACCAUAGCCUGCUUUACCAAAUGGUGCAACAGACCGGCAGGGCUGGGGCCACGGCCCUGCUUCACACAGCUGAACAGGUUUACAUGAACAAAAAGCGAGGAGCCGCAGAGGAACGGAGCGCCCGGGACGUUUAUGUCAUCUUUGAGACGGCUCUUUGACACUGCAGAGAGACGCCGUGGCCCUGUCAUGUCUACCAAAUCCUGUUGUAGAUACUAGACUGGCUUGUGUGUUACAUGGAGUACGUUUACAUGCAGGAGGAGUAGACUAGACGUGUUGCCUUAGACUGAUUAUAAUUGGAUUUUGCAUACAAAUAUAUUCUUGUUUUUCCUGAUAAAUGGGUCCCCAGCUUUUGGGAUUGACAAAAGCCCUCUCUGGGUUUUGAGUUAUGUAAAAUUAGGACAGUUGCCAUGACUAUAAACUUAAGAUAAAGGAAAAGUUGUGACAUUUAAAGAUUCACUAUGUAACUUUUUUAAUCGAGGGUCCACCACCUACUAGUCUCUAUGGAAAUGCUGUUUGUGUUGCCUAGAAGGAUUCACACUAUAGAUUAAAGCUUAUCUCCACAGAGAGAAGCAGGUGACACUAAUUAGCCAAGGUACAGGUUAGAUCUGCGGAGAGGCGACCCCGCUCGCAGUAAGAAUGCUUGUCCAGGUAUCUUUUUAAUUAAUACAAAAAAAAAACUGUAAUAGACUAAAUGCAAGAUAUUACAUUUAAUCUCCACAAGAAAAAAGUGCACAUUUAACUUGAAACUUUUCAAACUACAAUUAUAAAUCAUUUGUUAAAGAUAAUUAGCGAUGAUGUAAUAUGACAAAUUUGAAUCAAGUUUAGAGCAUCGUUUAAAUCUGCCUGUAAACGUACUUGUGUGGUUUUGCUGUGCUGAAGUGUGUGAUGUAGAUUAGAAGUGAAUGUCUUUGAAAAUGUGCCUUUAUUGAGAGCAUGCCACUCCACUGUUGUUUACUGAUCCUAUAUUUCUGUGUGUUUAGACAUCUGUAACAGCCUCUCUCAGACUCUGGUGCUCCAAGGUUUGCCAUAGAGCGUAAUGUUUGUGAUGUUUUCAUUUGGAGAAUCAUUGGACUAGAUACAGAGAGGAAGCCGAUGCUGCUCCGUGUGCCUUAAUCAGAUUAUUGAUUGUGGUUGGAAGUGCACUGUUUUUAUUGGAUGGUUUGCUGGUUUGUUGUAGUUUUAUAUCUACCUCAGCUCCAAAGCAUAAUGAAUGUAGAAUUUUUAGGCAAAUAUAGGUGAAUCAAUUAACUAUUCAACCAUAGUGCUGGCCUAUUUUAUUUUUAAUUAUUUUUGACUUCCAGGUUGACUUUCUGAAUGAACAUACAUCGUAUUUGUCAUAUUUUAUCAUGUAAUUGUUUCACUUUUGAAACCAUAUAAACUGUGUUAGCUAAAGAAAGAAAAUACCACGUAAAUUUGAUUUGAAAGUACACUCCAUGUGAAAUACAGUCUUUACAAAAGUUUAUAAUCAAAACUAAACUUGAGCCAAAAUCGAUUUAUGUGACAUUAUUGAUGAAUGUAAUUUCCUAGUGGUGCAGAGAAGGGCUGUAACGAUUAAUCAGAAUGUGUGUUAUGUAGAUUAUGUAGACCCGAAAUGACCUUUUUAUAACAUAGACAGUUGCAUUAU